AUGGAACAAUUAUUAGAAUCUAGACACGAAAUUCAAGAUCGUGUUCAACAUGUCAUUAAUAAAGCAAACGAAUAUCAACGAUCGUUCGAUCGUUAUGCUUAUUUAUGGGUAGAUGAUAAAAAUGAAUUUAUGAGACAAUUUUUACUUUAUAAUCAUGUGUUAACACCUGAUGAAAUUCAACAACAUGCUGUUACAGAACAAAUUGAUACGUAUGAAAGUAUUUAUGAAGAAGUAGAAAAAAUUGAUCCAAUACAAAUCUAUGACAAAUGGUUUAAAAUCGAUGCUAAACCAUUUAAACAAAAGUUAUUAAAUACUGUUAAAAGGUGGUCAUUGUUGUUUAAACAAUAUCUUAUUGAUCAUGUUACGAAUAGUUUGAAUGAAUUAGAAGAAUUUAUUGGUAAAACAGAUGCUAAUUUAAAACGACCAAUUAAAGAAGGUGAUUAUCAAACACUUGUUGAAAUCAUGGCUCAUUUAGCUGCUAUUAAACAACGUGAA